AGCGGGGAGGGGGCACUGCGAGGCGGGAGAGGUUGAGACAGGCGGAGAGGGGCAUGGGGAGGGCCCGUGGAAGGGGUGUCACUGCUCGCUUCACGCUUCAAGAGGCUGCAGCAGAGGCGGCGGGGCUGAGCCGCGGAGGAGACGGGGUUUGUAGCAGCCUCCGCAUUUCUCCUUGCAGCCCCAGCGCCACCGCCCCUCGCCGGGCCGCGGCGCGCGUUAGGCCGCGCAAAGUGAGCGCGGGCGCCGGCCGGCUGCACCUCACCCGGGACCGGAGGGCAGGGCGCGGUGGGGCCGCGGCGGGGGUACUGCGCGAGUCGGGCGGCCCGCGCGUCUCCGGAGCGCACCAGCUGCGGCUGCCACCGGGCCGCGGCCGGGACGGAGCACCCUGCGCGCCCCCCGGGGGCCGGCAGCGGCCGGGAGGCGCCGCGGGGCUCGGCUCCUCCGCCCCGCAGCUCCGCGCACCCUGCAGCGGCGGCGGCGGCGGCGACGGCGCGGGCUCGGGCGCCCGGGCACCCUCCGAGCCCAUGGCGGGCAGCGAUGCGGGCGGCGAGGGUCGGGCGCGCAGAAGCGGCGCCGCGCGGCGUCCGGGGGCCCCCGGCGGGCGGGGAGGCGAGGCUGCCGCCAGCAACCCGGGGCCGCUGUCCACUGCUGAAGCGCCGGCGGACGGCGCUGCGCUGCCCGCCUGGAUGCGCCUCUACUUCUACGGGAUGCACGGGAUCACCCUGGACGUGCUCGUGUCCGCGGUUCGGCGCUUCGCUAGCAGCCCGGACCUCCGGAUGCUGGGCUUCUCCUCGCCCUACCGCUGCCUGCUGCACUCGCUCACCCACUUCGCUCUGGAGAAGGUCUACCUGCAGCAGCGGCGCUGCCCCAGCGCCUUCCUCUUCAAUUUUCUCCUCUACCCCUCGGCCCACGUGGCGCUGCAGACCCUGGCGGGCCAGGCGCUGCUGCUCGGCCUGCGCAGCGGACCGCGGGGUGCGGCGGCGCCGGGGACACUGGACCUAGCGCUGCAGUAUGUGCUGGCUCUCUACCACUGCCAUGUGUUCCUGAAGCGCUUCCUGCGCUUGCGGUACCGGCGGCAGCCAGAGCAGCGGCAGCAGCCGCAGCAUCGGCCCGGCGCGCCCCCCGCCCCUCUGGGCGCCCAGGCCCCUGUGGUUGCAGGUGGCCGGAGGCGACUACCCCGAGACACUCGGGGCGUCGGAGGAGCCUCCGGUCAGGGGCUGCCGGACCUGCUCCGCUUUCUUUUCUUCGGAAUGCACGGCUUUUUGGAUGAGAUCUUCUUCACUUUCUUCUUUAACUUACUGGGGCAGGGAGACGGGGCCACCAGCGGCCACACGUCGCUCUGGUCCUUCUUUAUUUAUGGCAGCUGCAGUUUUUUGGUGGAAAAGCUCUACUUCCACCUGCACUGCAGUCGUGGCUGGAGCGCUUGGAAGCGGGUGCCGAUCUACGUGAUCGUCGUCUAUGUGUGGGAGUUGUCCUGGGGUCUGGGACUCCGCAUGUGCGGUGCUUGUUCCUGGGACUAUUCUCACUACCCGCUCAAUUUCAUGGGCCUCAUCACCCUGAUGUAUUUACCUGGUUGGAUAUUUCUUAGUGUGUACCAGGACCUACUCUCCAACGUGUUGUGGCGGGUGCAGUACCUACCGACCAAAUGAGACAAAACAAAACAAAACAAAAGUCACCGGAUUCCCACGAAGCAAUUCGAUUUACUUUCACACGUUUAAAACGGAGUGGGUUUUUUUAGCCUUUUAAUUUUUGUACGUUUUACUAAAUUCUUACAAUAGGUUUUAUUGGACCCUUUAGUUUUUAUGACACUUUGGAACCUAUGCAUAAUAAUACAAUAUUUCAAAAUACUGCUCAAGACAUAAAGUGCUUGUCAAUAUUGAAAACCCCUUACAAGCCCAAGCAGUAAAACCAUUAUACCUUAACUUCAGAACCUGUAGUAUGUUCACUUUUGGGGGCGUAGGUGGGUGAUAACUACUAAUUUUUUUUUUUUUUUAAGUGAGGAGGUUAUUCAGAUCAGAAAUCAGUGAUCUUUACAAGAUUUGGCGAAAUUUUCUGAUUUAAUGGUUUGUUUACUUUCUUUUUAAUCCAAUUUCAUUUUAAUUCCUUGCCAUACUUACCAAUCCCUGCUGAAACUCAGUAUCUUGUACUUCUAAAACUACAGUUAAUAGCUCUUAAAGUGCCUCCCUCUAGUACACAAGUGAAAAAGAAACUGAUAAAUGUGAAAACACAUCCUAUGGAUACGUUUUUAAACUCAGACAGGUGACACUGUGUUAAGAUAUUUGAUCUCCAUCCUGGAAAUGAUUGUUUUCCAAUGUGGAUUAGCCUUAAAUGCCAAGUGUGUUAACAUUGAUUAGAUUUUAUGUUAUCUAUGGCUGUAAAUUUUUGUUGUAAAAUGUUUACCUUGUAUGCCCAAAGUCCAAGCAAAGUUAUACCACUCAAUAGUGUUCUAACCCUAAGGACUUUUGCUACAUGGAGCUUCAAGACUAGAAACGAUUCCUUGGAAUAAAAUGAACCUAAAUGUUCAUUA